AAGAAACUCGUCAGGAACGACGAUUAGCGUUGGUGCCUUGCGCGGCAUAUCCGAACAGCUGCUUGUUCCUGUGGGCGUCGUACUAAUUGUCCUCUGCCUCGAACAAGCCACAUCUCUGCGGUACCGGGACACCCCCACUGAUACUUACGACACCAAAGCAGUCAUCCUUAUACAAACAAGCCCUUAACGCUGUCCUUACCUUAGCCUUGACUUAUCUCCAUGCCUGUCGCAGUAUCCUCGCAGCCCGAGCCUGUCUUCGUCGAUCUCAACUUUGCGGCUGAAAAGACUGAGCCAGAUGCUUUUGAGUUCCCCUUUGUGACCCAUCUUAGGUCGGGAGGGCCCCUAUACCUCCGUCCGUACAAGGUUCCGAUGCAUGAUCUUCGAAAGGUGGAGAAGAAGCCGUCGACAGAUGUGGAGAGCUUCAGUUGGGAGAAGGUUCCGUUUGAGGGGCUCGAUGGGGAGAAGGGUUGGGAACAGAAGUAUCAAGAGGUGAUGUGCGAAUGGCUGAAGGAAUACCUCGGCGCGAGAGUUUGCAAGUGCACCAACUAUCAGAUCAGACGGAGAACAGACGGCAAAGACGCCAAUGCGAACUACAAGGAUGAAGUUUCCGUCGACGCCGGCAUGCAGCCCGUUCCUGCCGUUCACGUCGACAUCAACAGGGAGCGUGCUUCUGCCCGUGUUCUGUCGCAAUUUGAUGGUUCUGAGUACAGUGAGAAGGACAGAAUUGCGAUCUUCAAUAUUUGGAGGCCGCUUCAUGGUCCGGUUAUGGAUGCGCCUUUAGCUCUUUGCGAUUCGCGAACGAUUAACCCAGAGGAUAUGGAGAGGACGUCUGACAAAUACGGCGGCGGAUAUUUCAUCAAGUACAACGAAAACAUGAAAUGGGUGUACAUCCGCAACCAAGGCCCCGAAGACAUACUCAUAUUUAGGCAAUACGACAACACUCUCGAACCUGAACGAGGCAACAUCAGAUGCGUGGCUCAUACUGCGUUCAUCGACGAAGAGAGAAAGUCACUUGGUAAACCUCGAGAAAGCAUCGAGUUACGCAUGGCCGUGAUUUAUUGAGUUACAGCGAGGAUUUGCGCUUAGAUGAAACUUGUACUUGUUGCACAACACCCAUCGCACAGUAUGAUCUAUGGGGUUUCUUGUUUUAUUUUUGUUUGUUUUUUGUGCCCGAGCGCGAUGAUCUUCAUCCGCUCUGCGGCGAUGAGUAGUGUUGUCGUAUAUGUGGAGAGAACAUGCGCAGCGUUUGGCUACCUUUCAAGGGAGCCAACCG